AUGCUAAAUGAUUCAGAAAUACAGAAAUUGUCCUCAAUUCUGAAUGGUGGAGAUCGGGCGCAAUUUACACUAGAGGACUAUAUGAGAACGAUAGUGGACAGCUAUCUUAAAUCUGACAGCAAUAUUUCUACUGUUGCUGAAAAUUUGAGCAGCAAUAGUGAACUAUGGAGCCGAUACUACAAUUCUAUGAAUCACAUUAAGUAUGGAUCACCGUGGUCUUUUACAAAAGGGUUUAUACUAGGCCAGUUCAGUGUUAUACUUAUUAUGGUAUUUGUCAUAAAAUAUUUCUUCUUCACUGAAUACCCCUCCGAGAAUGAGACGUCACAUCCAUUGUCUGCAAGCUCCAUGAAUCUUAAGACAAGAAUAGAAACCUCAACGGCCACUGGCUCUCAAUUUCUGUCGACUAUUCUAAAGAGAGAUACAUCAGGAAACUCAGAAACAGGGCUGCCAUCAGAGGACAAAGAAUUUGAGCGCUCACGCCAGAUAAACAAUAUACUCGAAAAAACAUACUAUGAUGUCGAAACACAUGAGCCGGAAUCAUUGGACUGGUUCAAUGUGUUAAUUGCACAGGCAAUCCAGCAGUUUCGGGAGGAGGCCUGGACAAAAAAUAACAUUCUGAACUCUCUCAAUGAUUUUAUUGGCAAGAAUUCGUUUAAUGCACCAAAUUACAUUGAUACAAUAAAUAUUACAGAAUUAGAUAUAGGUGAAAAAUUCCCAAUUUUUUCCAAUUGCAAAAUUAAAUAUGAAAAAAAGAAGCUAGAAGCCAUAAUAGAUAUCGAAUUGAAUGAUAGAAUUGCUCUCGGUGUCGACACGAGGCUCCUAAUAAAUUUUCCCAAGCCCGCAACUGCUGUUUUACCUAUAAGUCUUACAGUUGCCGUAGUGAAAUUUUGUAGUCGCUUGACAGUAUCAUUGACAAAGGCCAACGAAUUUGUGCAUACUAACAAUUCCAACGGGACAAGUGAGAAUGAUGAAGAAACAGAAGAAGACGACAAUGGUUACUUUUUAAUAUUUUCAUUUUCUCCCGAAUAUGAGCUUAAAUUUGAUACUAAAUCGUUGAUCGGAGCAAAAUCAAAGAUAGAGAAUAUCCCCAAAAUAGCAACUUUGAUAGAGCAUCAAAUUAACAAGUGGUUCCUCGAAAGGUGUGUGGAACCAAGAUUUCAAUUUAUCAAACUACCUAGUAUUUGGCCCAGGAGCAGAAAUACAAGAGAAGAAAAACCUUCUACUUCAGAUGAAGAACCCAGUUUACCACAUAUAUAA